AGAGUCAGCAACAGAAUGUCUCAGCAUCAACGCAGACAGAGUGUGCAGAAGCCAUCAGGUCUGGAAAUCUACAAUGAUGCUGUAAAGAUUCUGGAAGAACUUCUGGAAAAAGACUUGGACAAAAAUCUUCAGGUGCCCCGUAAAGUUCGAAGAAACAAAACAGAUCCUAAUUCAGAGACAGUAGUUACUAAUCUGAGUGUGUCAGAAAAUGCAUUAGUGAGAAUAAAAAUUCAGCCAUACAGGCAUAGUAAAUCUUUGGAUGAGAAACUUUCACAGAAGGAUUUACUUUUUCUGAAAGAUAAAAAUUCUCAAAAAAAAGGGAAGAAUCAACACCUUCGUGGCUCUGAUUCAUCCAUUGAUACAGAUGAUGAGCAAGCCCUUGGGUCUGUGAAACACAAAAAGAAAAACCUUUUAAAGAGGGCCAAGGAAAGAAUUCUGCAGACACUUCGCAGAGAUCAAAAAGAGCCUCCUGUUAAAACCACAAACAAGAGUAGUGCUGAUUCAACCCCUUCCAAAAAGCAAUCACUAAAACACAAACACCUAGAGGAAUCUUUAAGUGAAGCACAUUCACCAAAACAUGCACAUGUGGGAAAAGUCACAAAUACAGAACACACAGAAGAAAGAACACGUGACAGUAUUAGAGAAUCCACAGAAUCUCCAAGUCCAUCAUCACAGAGAUUGAAUGUAGCAUCAACAGAACUGGGACAUUUAUCUGGUGGUCUCCUACAACCAGAAAGCAAUGGUGGACCAGCUGUCAGAGUUUUAUUCAGAGCACAUAGCAAUGUGCUAGAUAGCCCAGGGGAGGAUAUUCAGUUCAUGGACAUUGACAACCCUGUGAUCACAGUUAGGAAUAGCAGUUCAGGCGGUGAAAGCCUUGUCGGACCAGCACAAAUAACUAGGGGACAACCGGCACAAUCAGUCACUGAUAGAGAAGCCUUGUAUGGCAGGAUUGCUCAGAAGUUGAUUGAGAUGGGAGAUUUUUACUCCACUUCUGCAUCUGACCAGGAAGCAGGGGCUGCUGCUGCGGUACAGCCAGCAACUCUGACAGAUCUGGAAAAUGAGAUAAUCACUUGUCUGAGAGCUGAGGGAGAUCGGUAUUCCAAACAGUUUGAUGAAUCGUUUGAAGAAGUUACUCAACAAACUGUCCAGGAAACAUACCAACGCUUUCGCAGCACUGUCAAAAAUUCCAUGGGCAGUGAGCUGAGUUGGGAUCAUGUAGCAUUUUUGUUCUACACAACUAAAGGAGUAGUGUCUGCCGUCGGACAGGGUUCCAGAACUGCAACACGAGUCAAGGAGUUCACUCUCCAAUACAUCACUGACACAUUUGCUUCCUGGAUCAUCAACCAAGGAGGAUUUGACAGUGUGUUGAGCAGUGAAGAGUCAGACUUUGAUAUAGACUGA